AUGAAAGAGGAAAGAGAAAACUUCUUCGAGAACAAUCUGUCCGCGUUCAAAUGUCCACCGCAGGGCUCCACGUCCAUGGAGAAAGGGCCCAAGGUGGCCAAGAUGGAUGGUUGUUCUAUUAAAGCGCUGUCUCUCAGGGGCCCGUGUGCUCGUUAA